UUGAUGUCCUCAAUAUGAACCAGUAUAGACCUACUGUCCUCAAUUAAGUUUAGAGAUUAUGUAAAUAUGAUCCGUUUGCUUUUUUGAUUAAAUCCUUUUUUCCCUGCUGAAAAAAAAUCGAACAAUAUAUCAUAAUAGCAGGUAUACACCAAGUCCUAUAGCCUUAAGUACAUGAGUAGUAAAAUGUUUGAUACGUUUCAAUUACCUUGCAUGGACUUGUAUCUUUGUGAACACAUUUUCGUGUUUGAGCGUUCGCAGAUGGAUCUAAACCGCUCGUGGGAAAAUGUAUUUCUGUCAGCGAAUUAGCCUACCCUAAGCCACACUGGGAAACAAGCGCGUUGUGAAAUCAACCUAAAAAUAGCUUAACAUGCAACGUUUUUUAUGACGUUUUAGUGAUUUUUCUGGGAAGAUUUCUUUGAAGAUAACUCGAUGCUGGCCAUAAAAUUCAUCAUUGUUUUUCGCCUCUUCUUGCGCAUUUGGAGAGGCGCGGAUCACUCUUUUGGGAAGGUGAAACGCUCUGACUGUGCAUGGCUUUAAGGUUUGGACUAAUGUUUCUCAGUACUGGCUGUCUUGUUACAAAGGAAAACAAUAAACUACUGGACCCAAGAUCACAGGCGUAGCCUACUGAUCAAGAAUGCGCUUAAUUGGAGUACACUGGCGAGGUGUCCCUUGCAUCACCGCCGGGAUCACGUUUUCGUAAUGUUCAAUACUUCGGGCGUCGAUCCCACUUCCAAUAAGAGAGAGGAUGUUUCCGAAGUUAUCAAUGGCACUCUGGAGCUUUUCUAUAACGUCCUGGUCACAGCUGGUCCAACAGCCAUGUGGAACGAUACGUGCGGGGAGACACUACUUGAUUUCGGCAGUGGAGAGAAGAUAAUAAUCGGAGUGAUGUUGGCUAUCAUCACAGCGGUCACUGUGAUGGGAAACACACUGGUUGUCAUAGCGGUUUGCGUGGUGAAAAAAUUAAGACAACCGUCAAACUAUCUUCUUGUGUCCCUGGCUGUGGCAGACCUCUCCGUGGCCAUAGUUGUCAUGCCCUUUGUUAUAGUGACAGACCUAACUGGAGGCAAGUGGCUUUUUGGGGAGGUGUUUUGCAACAUCUUCAUUGGUAUGGAUGUAAUGUGCUGCACAGCCUCCAUCAUGACCCUGUGCGUGAUCAGUGUUGACAGGUAUCUGGGGAUCACCCGCCCCCUCACAUACCCAGCCAGGCAGAACGGCCAGCUGAUGGCCAAGAUGAUCCUGGGGGUGUGGCUGGUGUCCGCCUCCAUUACCCUGCCACCCUUCUGCGGCUGGGCCAAGAACGUCCACGCGGGCGGCGUGUGCCUCAUCAGCCAGGACUUUGGUUACACCAUCUACUCCACGGCUGUGGCCUUCUACAUCCCCAUGCUCGUCAUGCUCUUCAUGUACUACAAGAUUUUCAGGGCCGCCCGCAAGAGCGGCCUCAAGCACCGCUUCACCGACUUCACCCGGCGCGAACGGCUGGAGACGGUGGCAAGCGAGGCACUGAGGAUGCAAGGCCUGAAGCCGCAGGGCGUGGCCGAGGAGUGUGCGGUGCUGUCCCGUCUGCUGACCCGCGAGCGCCGCAACAUCUCCAUCUUCAAAAGGGAGCAGAAGGCUGCCACCACGCUGGGGGUGAUCGUGGGCGUGUUCUCCAUCUGCUGGUUGCCCUUCUUCAUCCUGUCCACGGCCAGGCCCUUCAUCUGCGGAGUGGAGUGCAGCUGUGUGCCCAUCUGGCUGGAGAGGUUCCUCCUCUGGCUGGGCUACGCCAACUCCCUCAUGAACCCCUUCAUCUACGCCUUCUUUAACCGGGACCUGCGCUCCACCUACAAGGAUCUGCUGCGAUGCCGCUACCGCAACAUCAACCGACGCCUGUCCGCCGUAGGUGUGCACGAGGCCCUUAAGGUGUAGGAGGAAGAGGACAAUGACUAGGAGAGUUUGGGGCCCCAGAAGCAUCCAAGGAAUUUCUAAUCCUGUCCUCAUUGUAAAGACUACUGGCUGCUACUCUUUGUGAUUGUAUAAUAGAGGCUGAGGGAUGACCUGUGACCUGUGGCUGUAGAUAAAGACAGAGACAGACUGUUAAUACCUCUCUAACACGCUGUAGAGACACAGAGACAAGGCCAUCACUUAGGUCUGUGUCUGUCUGACACACACAGUCAUUCUAUUUUGGGACACAAAACCAUAGACCGUAUUUGACGGCCUAUUCAAGUUGACACUGGCUUUGUGCAUAUGCUACAAUUCAGUCCUGACUUCAUAUUCAUGUCAGGAAGAUGAUGCAUUGACUUGGGAAAUCACAUGCGGACCCUGGCGAUAAUUCUAGGUCAUUAAAAGCAUGGGCUGCAAAUGGAUUUCUGCACAAUGACAUUUGCUAAAUUAAUGCUUGCGCAAGGGGUGCCAUUGGCUGUUGACUUAAACCAGUGAAGGUCACGGAAUCUGUAUCUAUGUAACUGUUUCCAGUUCAACUUAUCUGUCGUCUAGUAGGUGAUGAUGGUGAACAAUUGAAAGUGGUCUGUAUAGGAACAUGUGAAUCUAUUAUUUUUUGGAGGCAGGCAAGUGUUUAAUGUUCACCAACAAAAACACUGCAAAACAGAAAGCAUCCAUUGUCAGUUUAUUUUCAGACAUGCCUUUGAAUUCCUUUGGAAUAUAAAUCGUAAUGUGAAUGAAGGCUAACAAACAAAAGUUAAUCUUGUAAUGUUACCACAAAGCACUUGAGGGUGGUAGGGAUAACAAGCCUAUGAUUUGACGUGAUUUAAUGGGGAAGAUGUUAGAGAGGUGGUACAACAGGUAGGCCUAAUGGUUAGAGUUGGAGAAUGUUCUGGAACAAACUACAUACAUCUCUGAGAAAUGCCCAUUUACAAAAUCCACAGGAAUCCUCACCAUUUCAUUUGGCAUUCAUUGUUCAGUGGAUUCUGCUUGAAGCUCACAUCUGUCUAACAUGCUAUGCAUUAUCCAUGGAAGACCAGAAUGUUGUGCAUAGUCAGUUUGACAUAGCUCAGCAGCACAGUGGUUCAUACUUCACUUCACCCUAGCACACAUGUAAAACAUGUAGAAGGUGCCCACUGGGCACACACUGGUUGAAUCAACAUUGUUUCCACGCCAUUCUAAUUAAAUGAUGUUGAACCAACGUGGAGUAGACAUUGAAUUGACGUCUGUGCCCAGCGGGUAAUGACAGAUCUUAAUAAUUUUCUCCAAGUUCAGUUUUCACAACACACAAACAGUUGGUUGGCUGCACGAAACAGACAGAUUUUCCCUACUGAUUUGAUUGUGUUAUAACAAAAUUGUUCAACUAUGAUCCAUUAAGGAAAGGCACUCAUUGUGCUGAUGAGAUUCUCCCAACAAGGAAUGAGUCCACCCAUCAAAGUCUUUAUCGCUAAUGCCUGAAGCAGCAGGUGUUGCUACUUCUGCUCUCUUUCAUAGCAGGAUGUGGUCAAAACUUUUAUGAACUCUGCAUCAACUUGGUUUAUUCACAACAACUCUCUUUUGUUGUAAUCUGUGUAAAAAAAAAUUGUAUAGUUGAAGCAGUGUGUGCUUUUCUCUACCUCGGUUUUCGGAAAAUACUUGUUAAUUAUUAUUGCAAACAGAUAUAUUCCUGGCUUGCACUAUAUUUUGUCAUAUGAUUCCUUGUUAUUUAAGUGUCUAGUGUCGACGGCAUUCAUUGACAUACCCUUCUACAACUGCUUUGUGAACGUUAUUCUCCAAAAUGUACCUGGAGAAAUUAGAGUAUAUUUCUUUCAUCACUUUGUAAAUAAAGCAGCACUUGGUUUAAA